AUGAGUGAUGGUGAUUUACCAUCGAAAGAUAAACCAAUUGAUGAACUCGACAAGGUGCUGAAAUACUUGUCAAUCGAUGGAAAGGUUAUCUCAGCAAACGAUUUUGUGAAUAUUCAUGAGGACAUACCAGUUUUUAAUGAAUGGAACGAUUCAGUUGAGAAGAUUGUGAUGAUCAAUGAUCUUGAUGCCAGUGAGUCAGACAACAGUGAAGAUGCACCAACUGAAGAUCCACCAUCAUUAGCAGAGUCUCGCGAGAUGAUUCGUCGACUUCGUUUAUUAUCCACUACACAACAACCUGAUUUACAUCGACUUGUAAUUCAAAUGCAGUCAAAACUUACUGAUAUCUUAUUAGAUUGGAACGUUGCGAGACAACGAUCAAUCUAUGAUUAUUUUAAACCUUUAAAUCUGUAA